AUGGGUGUCAACAGUUUGUCACAUCAUAUGCAGUUGGACAUUGUUUCUCUGGGCCCUUUUCUUUCCCAAGAGCAACUAUUUAGUAUCUGUGAUUUUGCGCCGGACUGGGCUUAUUCAGGUGUUGAAACAAAGGUUAUGAUCACAGGUACUUUUCUGGGAGACAAGAAGCUUUCUACUGGUUUAAAAUGGUGUUGCAUGUUUGGUGAGAUUGAAGCUUCUGCUGAAGUUCUGACAGACAAUGUCAUUCGAUGCCAAGUUCCUUUCCAUGCUCCUGGGCGUGUGCCCUUCUAUAUAACGUGCAGUAACAGGUUAGCCUGCAGUGAGGUGCGGGACUUUGAAUUUCGAGAAAAACCAUCAGGAGUUUCACUUCGUACCCAUGUUAAAAGAACAGCAGAAGAUGAAGUGCAUUUUCUUAUACAACUGGCUAAAAUGCUAGAUUUAGGCCUAGAGACCAAUUGGUUGAAUUGUUCAACUGUUGAGUGUGACAAAUGUAAGCUGAAGAAUGAUAUAUGUUCAGUUAAAAGUGGCAGUAAAUUUGAUUGGGAAAGAAUUAAGGAGGCGCUUAUGGCAUCUGGUGGGAAUAAUGUGGACUUCAUAGAUCUGUUGAUUGAGAAUUUUCUGAAGUACAAACUUUAUGUGUGGCUAUUCUGUGAAGUACAUGAAGGAGGUAAAGGACCACAUAUUUUGGAUACUGAAGGUCAUGGUGUUAUUCACUUGGCAGCUGCUCUUGGUUAUGAUUGGGCAAUGGGUCUCAUAGUUGCUGCUGGUGUUGGUCCUAAUUUCAGAGAUGCACGGGGAAGGACGGCGCUUCACUGGGCAUCAUAUUAUGGGAGGUGAGGUUACUCUCAAAUUUUAUUUUGAAGUUUCUAAAUAUACCUUCAGCAGCGAGCGUUUCUUAGUAAUGAACUUAUGGUAAU